GCAUAUGUAUAUAUAUACCUCUUUAGCAAAAAGGUACACAUCUCUUUAGUACUUGAUUAUUCAAACGUAUUUAGUUAUCAUCCUUCAGUGAAUACUGCCCUAAAAUGAAGUUAUCAUGUAUUGCAAUAUUAUGCUUUUCCAUCGUUUUAAACAUCUGUAAUGCUCAAAAUACGGGAGUAAAAUUGUUCCCCUGGGAUUAUUACCGAGCUGCUGUUCUUGAACUUAAGCAAUACAACGAUGACACUUCUUCAGGAGGGGAACUUAUCAACAAAAAUUUAGGAAAGUAUGCGUUUGCUGCUCAACUGGCAGCAUCAAAUAAAGUCGAUAUCAUUGUGUUUCCGGAAAAAGGUCUAUUUCCCAUGAAAAUGGACAAUGCAACUUGGUUUCUGAACUAUGCGGAAGACAUUCCUGAUGGCAGCGAAGAGGCAAAUCCUUGCAAUGAUGAUAAAUUUUCUAAUAGUCCAAUUAUAAGAAAUUUAAGCUGCAUUGCACGAAAGCACAAUUUCUUUGUCGUUGCUACUUUAUUUGAUGUAAAAAAGUGCGAAGUUGAGACAAAUUGCAAAAACAGAGUGAACAAGAACAGUUGUGUCACUAAUAGCUCAGAUUGCCCAGAUAGUGAUUAUUUUUACUUUAAUACGUUAGUAGUUUUCAACAGAAGGGGAACUUUGAUAGUCAGGUAUUACAAAAGGCAUCCUUUUACCGUUCUUGAGAAAGGCGUGACAACUCCUAAAUAUCCCGAACCUGCAUAUUUUGAAGUUGGUUUUGCUAAAUUUGCAACAGAUAUAGGCUUUGAUUUCUUGUUCAAUGAUUCAGUCAUUGAUAUAGAGAGACGCCCCAGUACUAAAGGUAUUGCUUAUGCUAAUUGGUGGUUCGAUCAUACUCCGUUCUUUUAUUUUAGUGUUCCAAAUCAGCAGGCUUUUUGUCUUACAAACAAGGUAACUGUUCUUUCCUCUGAUGUUCAUAGCCCAAAUCUGGGGUCUCUUGGUAGUGGUAUUUAUUUACCAGGUAAAGGAGCGGUAGUUUAUAGCUAUAAUCCGGAUGGCAAAAGUAAACUUUUGAUUUCAGACGUCCCAGCGACAUUUUUGGGCUCAAUUUUAGAUAAAAACCUUAAUACGAAAUUCUUUUACAUUGAAGACGACGACACGGUAAAUGAAUUGAAUGGGGAGGAACCACGUGAUUUUAAAGCCGAAUGUGGCCAAAAUGUUCUUGGAACGAACCCCAGCUCCUUGACUGAUUACCGUUGUAUGCAGACAGAAGUUCAUCAGUAUACUUUCGUCAAAUUGAAUAAAACUGAAGACAAUAUCAAUAUUUGUUCAAACAAUUUCUGCUGCAGUCUCGAAUAUCAGGCUGAAUCUAUGAAUGAGACUUUUUACUUUGCAGUAUCUGGGAACCGGCUAAAGUUUUACGACAUCUAUUGGUUUGGUGUCCAGUCAUGCUUUUUGUCUCGUUGUGAGCCGGUGGACGGUAAGCCCUGCAGGAAUUUUCUUUUGAAAUCUAACACCAAGUUCAAUAGUGCUAAGAUCACAGGUUCCUUUGACACCAAUCAUAUUUAUCCUCAUGUUCUUGAUAGCGAUCUUCGCCUAACCGACAGGGAUGAAUGGAAAUUUGAUGGAAAGUCUCAAAUGACUUAUAAAAAUUUAAAAGGAAAGAAUCUGUUGCAUGCUGAUUUAUAUGGAAGGUUAUAUAGAGAAGAUGGGUUAGUUAACAGUUGAAAUCCUUUUCGUAAACUGUUUUAAAAAAAAGAUUUCUUUUCUUUUCUUUUUUUGAAAAUUUCAUUUGUUAAAGUUGUGUUUUCUUUAUUGUGCACAAAGUAUUUCUUGUUUCAGUGUAAUCACUAUUUGUUAAACGAAUAUAAAUGCUUUCUUUUUUCCUGAACAAAAUUUCGUUUUCU